AUGCGUACAGCUGAUUCAGACAGCGAGUUUUCUUUAUCUCCCUCUAGAAAUUGGGCAACUUCUAUCCUUUGGCAAGCUUCGGUUCCCCUCGGAAUCAGCAGAUUAUGAAUUUACUUUGUAAUACUCUCUCUCUCACUCUCUCUGAUCCUUUUCUCUUCU